AUGGUCUCUGUGUCAGCGGAGAUGGAAACAGCCCUGGAAGAUCUCCAAGCAGAAGCUAGCUGUUUCCUCUGUAACGACUACUUGAAGAACCCAGUGACCAUUACUUGUGGCCACAACUUCUGUUUCUCUUGCAUCAAUAAGUUCUGGGAGGAUCUAAAGGGUAUCUUUCCCUGCCCUAUUUGUCGAAUUUGCCUUCGAAGAAAGAAAUUCAGGAGGAACAUCCAACUGGGUAAUUUGGCUGAAGCUGCUAAACUGCUCCAGAAAAGAAAAAGCAAGAGGAGGAAGCAGAAAGAAAAGGUUGUUUGUCAAAAGCACAAUCUGGUGCUUGCCUUUUUCUGUGAGCAAGACCUGGAGGUUUUAUGCUCACAGUGCAGUUUCUCCUCGGAUCACAAGAAACAUCGCAUUUGGCCUGUCGAGAGGGCCGCUCCCUAUUUUAAGAAAAGAUUGGAACGUUGUGCCGAGUCGUGGAAGAAGAAAGUGAGACAACUAGAAAAAGUCAGGAUUAUACAAAACAGAAAAGCUUUGGAGUUGAAAAAACAGGUAGAACACGCAAGAGGCGAGAUACAGUCUGAAUGUGAGCGACUUAAAUUCUACCUCCAAACCGAGCGAGAAACUAUUCUUCAGCAGUUGGAAGAGGAGGAGAUGGCCAUCGAAACCAAACUGCGUGAAAACCGAACACAAUGUUCCGAAUAUGCCUCCUCAUUAAAUCGUCUGUUAAAGGACAUAAAGAGUCAAUCAGCGCUGGCAUUACUGACAAACGUUAACGGGAUCUACCAUGCCUAUAAAACCUUAAAGUCCCCUGAGCUUUUUUCAUUUCAGUUAAAGGAAUAUAGUUACCAUUUCCCACCACAAUAUUCUGGCCUAGACAGAAUUAUCAAGCGAUUUGAAGUAGAUGUAGUUCUAGAUCCAGAAACAGCACAUCAUGAUCUUACUGUCUCAGAAGAUAGGAAAACUGUGCGAUAUGGAAGAACACAGCAAAAUUCAACUCAUAACCCACGGAAAUUCUAUCUCUUCCCAGCUGUUCUGGGUUCCAAGGGUUAUAAUGCUGGCAGGCACUACUGGCAGGUGGAAGUGAAGGACAAAGUUGGAUGGAUCGUGGGUGUCUGUAAAGAGACUUUUCUCGGAAGGAACAAUGCACCGAAUCAAGGUUUUUCAGCACAAGAUGGACUAUGGGGUAUUGGACGCUGGGAUAUGGGUGAUUAUAUUGCGUUAGGGCCUCAAAGAAUUGACCUCCUGCCAGUCGUCAUGCCUAUGAAGAUUGGCGUUUUUUUAGACUGUGAUUUGGGUGAAGUUUCCUUUUAUAAUUUGAGUGACAAAUCUCAUCUGUAUACCUUUAAAGUUUGUUUUGUGGAUGCACUUUGGCCUUAUUUCUAUGCUGGAACUGACCCCAAACCCCUGAUGAUAUGUCCAGUAAGCGACUCUGAAUAA